GUUGGUGUGAAAGAGGGAGAUGUAGAGGACAGGGUGGUAUGGAGAUGGAUGAUCCGCUGUGGCGACCCCUAAUGGGAGCAGCCUGAAAAAAGAAGAAGAAGAUUUUAGGUAUCAACAAAUAGCUUACACCUCUUGAUUGAAGUAAACAUGAUGGAUCAUAAUUUAUGAAAUAUAUACAUUUAUCUUCGUAUCAUUAAAUUACAUACUUUGUUGCAUGUGUGGCGUUGCCAACUCGUAAUUUGUACUGGCUACGCCAACUACGGCGUUACCAACUAAUAAUUUGUACCGACUACGCCACCCGGGGGCUAUUUCCGGGACUGCCCUCAACCUUAAGGCACACAGGUUCGUCACGACUGGGUCAGGUAUCAGACCAGAGUUGAGUGAAUAACAAAAACUUUAUUUAAAAUAACUUCAAAUUUUAUUCACUACAUCAAAUAGUAAAAACAGAAAAGAAGACAAACACUUCAGGGUGGGAGAAGGCCUGAUGUCCUAAGCAGAGACCACACAGGGUCCUAAGCAGAGAGAACACUCACACGUGCACACACGCACCACAGCACACCACACCUCACUGUGAACACUACACUGCAAUCAGGUAAGGAACCCACCACCACAAGAUGCUAAUCUGCUGCCACUGGCCACCCCACUCCUGAAGGCAGAAGAGAAGACAGAAAAGAAAUUUAAAACACAAAUUAAAACAAGCAUCGCAUUACAACAGCCUGGCUCUCGACACAGUCAACAGCCCAAAAACUUGAUCCGUACAGAGGCACAUGAACAGAGGAAAGGCCCUUAACAGAUCACAAAAGAAAUAGAAAAUAACUACACUUAAUUAAUAAGAAAACAAAAAGAACAUUAUACUACAAAUUCAAACUAAUAAAAAGAAUAGAAAUCAAAAGAAAUAGAUUCCCAUUAAAGUAGGGAAACCUCAACCCGAUAAGGUUAGGAAAAUAAUGAACAAAAGAAUAAAGCUAAUGCAAAAAUAAAUGAUUAAAUCACAACACAAAGAAUCAGGUAAUGACUACCCUGUAACAGGCCACUUCUAAAUCAGUUACUCACUACCAUUGGAAAUAAGCACCAUGCCCCUGGUCCAGCUGAUCUUGCAGGUACAGUGGAACCCGGUUAUCUCGCCCUCGGUUAUCUCGACAACCCUAUUAAGUCGACGUUUUUGAAAUGGAACCGCCAAAUUCUCCCUUUUUCUAAGCAUUUUUUUAUCGGUUAAGUCGACUUUUUUUAUGUCGCCGAACCCUAAUAUCUCGAGCACAAGGGGGCGCAAAUUUACCAUUCAACAUUCAAAAGUUAUCUCGACCGCCAUGACCAAACGCCGGCUUUUGAAAAUAUUAGUUAUCGAUGCCACUUCACCAUCUCACUACCGUAUUUUCAUUCCUAGUUGUAAAAACAGUUGAAUAAAUGUUCAGUAAUUACCACAAUGAUCAUACUCUACUUGGUUCACUGCGCAAGUGCUGAAUUCACGUAUCACGUGAUCAGGGUCUGCAUGGUCGUUCACUCCAAUGACAGUUCACUCACGCUGGUUCAUCUUGUCUGAAGGAUAACAUGCUGUAGCUAUUCUUUUUUCUCUUCUAAAAAUGUCUGGAGGUGUUAAGAGAAAACUGGACAAUCAGUCAAUAGAGAAAAAGUAUGAAAUCAUACUGCAGCUAGAAAAAGGAAAAAAAUGGCAGACCUCAGUCGUCUGCAUGGCAUUCCAGCAAACACCAUUUCAGGAUGGAAAAAGAAGACCGAUGUGAGGAAAUGUACGAGAAGUCUGUUUUUGAUCCAGCAAGAAAAAAAAUUCGAGUGGCUAAGCACAAAGAUGUCGACGACGCAGUGUUUCAAUGGUUCACAAAUACACGAGCAACAAACCUUCCCGUCAAUGGUCCCUUGCUGAUGGAGAAGGCAGAAAUCCUUGCUGCAAAGCUAGGACACCUCGACUUUAAAGCAAGUCAGGGGUGGCUGGAUCGUUUCAAAAAGAGGCACAACAUUGUCUUCAAAGCAAUUUGUGGAGAAAGCGCUGCGGUUGAACAGGAACAAGUGGAUUCAUGGCUGAAGACUCAAAUGCGCACAAUUUUGGAUACCUAUGAGAUUCGGAACAUUUUUAAUGCUGAUGAAACUGGGGUGUUUUGGAAAUGCCUUCCAGACAAGACUAUGGCGUUUCGUGGGGAGGCUUGUCGCGGUGGAAAAAGGUCGAAGGAUCAGCUUACAGUGCUGGCUGCUGCUAAUAUGGAUGGAAGCCAAAAACUUCCACUCUACGUUAUAGGAAAGUCCAAGAAUCCAAGAUGCUUUAAGCAGACCAAAGUUCUCCAAUGUGAUUACGAUGGCCAGCCAAGAGCCUGGAUCACCGGAGAUCUAUUCAGUGCAUGGGUGAAAAAGUGGGACAGGAAGUUCCAAGCAGAGAAAAGGAAGGUGGCACUGAUCGUGGACAACUGUAGAGCUCAUCCGGAUGUUCCUGGUCUAAAGGCCAUUAAGAUCUUUUUCCUCCCACCUAACACAGCGAGUAAGCUCCAACCGAUGGACCAAGGGAUAAUCCAAGUGCUUAAGGUGCAAUACAGGAAAAUGUUGAUGCGCCAAUACCUGCUCCAUGUUGAAAAAAAGGCACAGUACACCCCUUCGGAAAAAUCAUGCAUUGCAGAUGCUAUCUUGGAAGAGGAGGCACAGGAUUUAGCCAUCACUGUCCAGGAAUUCCGAGAUUACAUAGAAAUCGACAAAGACGUCGUUACUGAUGGCGUGAUCACAGAUGAUGACAUUGUAUCAAGUGUGCAGUCAGCACAGGCAAGCACAUCUGCAGGCGGCAAUGACAAAGAUGAUGAAGAUGCGGACGAAGAUUUGGAACCAAUUCCCUCAGCUGUUGCGGUGGUAGAAAUGCUACAGAAAAUUCGACGGUAUGGUUCUUUUGUAGGAGAUGAAACUGUUUUAGACAGCAUAAAUAAUUUGUUUUCAAUCAAACUGUUAAAGGCAAAAAGCAACGAAGCAUUUUAGACUUUGUAAAGAAACUACCGUAGGGUGUAGGAUAUGUUCAGAUAUGUUCAGAUCAGUUCAGUGAAAUGACUCGUGAAAUUUGUUUUGUGAAUUUUUUUGUGUAUUUGCAAUGGAAAAUAAUAAAUAAUUUUUUGAGGAAUCGACGGUGGUUUGUAUUGUAUACUGGUAAA